AGGAUUAAUUACAGUUCUUCAAAAUGUCAGAUGUAGUCUCUACAGCUCCUGAACAACCAUCCAGUGAAAUGGAAAAUAAAAUAAAGUCACAAGAUCCAAGACCUGAUGCCCCUCCAGACUACAACUCCCAUUUUGUUCCAGGGCCCCAUGGACCAACUGUCUCUCUACCAGCAAGCUACCCAGGAGGCUUGCCUAUGGGAUACUACAGUCCACAGCAGCCCAGUACCUUCCCUUUGUAUCAGCCAACUGGUGGUACUCAGGCUAUUCAGUAUCAGCCUGGCAAAUAUCCUAUGCCAAAUCAGUCUGCUCCAAUAAUAUGGAUGCCAGGGCCAACUCCUAUGACAAACUGCCCACCUGGUCUGGAAUAUUUAGCUCAGUUGGACAACAUACAUGUUCUUCAGCAUUUUGAGCCUCUGGAAUUGAUUGCACGUUUUGAAAGUAAUAAUAGAUAUGAUAUUAAAAACAACUCGGAACAAAUGGUUUACAUUGUAAAUGAAGAUACAGAUGACUUCACCAGGAAUGCUUAUCGGACACUGAGGCCCUUCGUCCUCCGGGUCACUGAUUGUAUGGGCAGAGAAAUCAUGACAAUGCAGCGACCCUUCAGAUGCACCUGCUGUUGCUUCUGUUGUCCCUCAGCCAGGCAAGAGAUGGAGGUCCAGUGUCCUCCUGGUGUACCCAUUGGCUAUGUUGCAGAACACUGGAACCUGUGCAGGGCAGUUUACAGUAUCCAAAAUGAGAAGAAAGAGAAUAUGAUGAAAGUGUAUGGGCCAUGCUCAACCUAUGGCUGUGGUUCAGAUUCUGUUUUUGAGAUCAAAUCCCUUGAUGGUAUGUCUACUAUUGGUAAUAUUAUUAGGAAGUGGAAUGGUUUGUUAUCAGCAAUGGCAGAUGCUGACCACUUUGACAUU